AUGGCCCUCGCACCACGCCAUGGCAUGGCAGACACGCAGAAAUGGCCGCGUUUCACUGCUAGCCGCAUCGCGACAAAGACGCUGGAUCAAAGCCUGGAAAGCCUGCGUGGCCCCCCUGCGGCGCCUCCUCACCUGGGCGUAGUGCCGUACGUACGUACACACGGUUCGGCCGUCUGCGUCGACGGCCAGAAACGAUCCGCCCAGUUCGCUGGUAGCGCCGAGCUGCCAAGGCGGGCCUGCGUCGUUGUCAGUCACAUCGAGUCAGGAGUAGGCUGGGAACAGCGAGAGGUGUCAGGUCAGAGCGCCAAGGGCGGCGCAUACGAGACGCACAUCUCAGACGGGCUUCGUCAAUGGGAAGCAAAAAACGUGGGCGCCGCAUUGCUAGGCAGGGUGAAGCUGCGCGCGGCAAGAGAGAAAUCACAUCAAUUCCCAUGCACACGCACAUCUUUCUCCCGGAUGGACGAGCAUUGGCUUAAUUUCCCCCGUGUCCUGGCGGCUUGCUUGAAGUUGUGGAUCGGAGCUGCUGCACAGCACCUGCUCGUUUAUUUUCCUGACAAGGACCAGAUGCUCCAAAAUGCUCCCACCAGGGGCCUGCUCUCACUGCAGGAGAGAGUCCAGGCCCUCGUCCAGUGGAUUUGUCGCUACUGGCAGUGGGGCCAUCCGCUUCCAGUCCCGCUACAGGGCCCCUAG